AAGGCAGCCGCGCAAUAACCGGACGGUACGGAAAGAGACGGCCGCGGGUGGUGGUGCGCGUGAUUAUACGGCGGGGUCUCAGGAGGAUCUCACCGGAGACGAGAGGACGAGAACGAGUUGGUUGUGUGACCGCACAGAACCGGGAUACGACCGGUUGGUACGUACAUAUCGUCCACGUGCGCGGACGUCCACGAAGGAGUAUAACGGCAAACGAGUGAGCGUCUCUCACGCGCGAAUUGCGAAGGCGGCGGGCAGCGAAGGAUUGAUCAUCGAUCGAAAUAAACCGCAGGACCGGGCGUCCGCGGAGCGAAGACGUCCCGUAAACAUCGUGAUACGACAGUCGACCGAUCGGGCCGUAUCUUUUUAAAUCGGGUAUCUUGUCCGUUUGAGAACGCGGUCACUCGUCCGCGAGACAAGAUGUCGGUGGACGCGCUUAGCGAUUCCGAGCUUCGGACGAAGUUAAUGGAGUACGGGUAUCCGGUGGGACCGGUGACACAGACGACCCGCAAGAUACUCGCCAAGAAGUUGAAGAACCUUAUGGAAGCACGCGGCAGUGCCGGAGGGGCAGGAGGAUCCCGGCAUUCGUUAGCCGCCAGAUAUAGCAGCGACGACACAGACGACGAUACAAACACAAAUGUUGUUAAGAAGAAGAAGAGUGCAAAUCUGCGUCGGCAAACGUUAGCGAAUCCUAUGCCUCCACCUUCGAUUAUUCCCCCUGAUGUUGCGAGUGUGACAAAAAAUCCAGCCAAGGAAAAUUUGUCGCCACCACAUUCUGAGUUCAAAGAUCCUAAUGUGACAAAUUUUGACUCAAACAUGCCUUCUGUGACUCGCACAACUUCAAAAACUACGUCGAGCAAAUUUAGCAAGACACAGAGAACCUAUGUAUCUGAUGGUUUGGAAACUGGAUCGGACUCGGAUGUUGUAGAGGAUGCUGGAAGUUCAUAUGGGCGCUCAUACGACAAGUAUUUGUCCAAUCCAAGCAGCAGACUGUAUGAUUCUCGAGUAUACGAUCGCGGAACUUUCGAUUACGAUCAGAUAUCUAAAACGAAGCCAUCUUAUGGAUGGAAGGACAGCAAAUAUAAUGUAUCUCCCUUGAAGCCAAGCGUCUCUCCGAUUCAAUCUACAAAGGAAGAUGUGAGUGGAAGGGACAGUACAAAUCAGAGAGAUCUUCUUGCAAACUAUGAAACUCCAUUUUUAUCAGAGUUUACAAGGAGACUCAGUUCACAAUCUUUGAUAAACACGAAUACGCCGCCAUCAACAUUAUCCAGCUUAAAAAAUCCUACAUUACGCCAUACUUUGACCUCUGGUUUACCAGAAGUGAAAGAGAGAGAUUCGAAUGGUCACUUCUCUUCUUUAAGGAGCAUGUAUUCGUCGUCAAUUCAGCCAAGCUCGAGAUAUACUGCAUCGUCCGCUGACAGAGUUCGAGAUAUUUUCAGUAGAGCGACUUAUAAACCGUCAACGACAAAUACAGACAUGGAGAAUGUACGAAAUAAUCAGAAUAUCGUAUCGAUGGGCCUCGUAGCAGUACUUGCCCUAUUCUUUGUUGUUCUUGCAAUAAUAUAUUUAGGACUUGGUGGGGAAACCGAGACGCUUCCAUCGCUUUCAUCGGAUAACAACAUACCGCAAUGUUUCUUCGAUGGAGCUCCUGAUCUUAAAGCGCCUGGAGUAAAUUGUAUAAUGAAGGAAAACAUAGAAUCUGUGUUGCAAUUGUUAAAACAUCUGCAACCCAUCCUAACGAGAAAGACGAUAUCUAAAAUAUGCGAAAAUUCGAAUGAGAAACCAUACUUGACUAAUGCGGAUAUCGUGGAAAUGUUUACAAGCGAGAAAGUGACGAGCCUUGAGGUGAAGGAGGAUCUGCAUAGCGCGCAAUUUUUAAUCAUUAUGAAUCCGAAAUGGGGCAUCUCACUUAUCGAUGUAAAUGACGAUAAUGGAGCAACCAUGGAAAUAUUGGAUACUUUAGAUAAAUUAUUUUCCGCCCGUCUAAAUGGAAAAAUUGGAAUGGCAAUUUUAAAUCCUGUGCUGCCAAUGCAAUGCCUUGUUAAGAACAAAAUUUUUACCAUCAUUUCUUCUGCUCUUAUAGUGGCAAUCGUCUCAUUAACAGGUAUCGGAAUUUAUAAAUCGUACUUUUGGUACCUAAGAUACAAGAGAAAUAUGGAGAGAGAAGUAUUUAAGCUUGUUAGCGAUAUUAUAAGUAUCGUUGAGACACAUCACCAAAAUGCGUCCACGCAACCCGGCGCGCAAGAAAGUUUCCUUGCUAUUAAUCAUGUACGAGAUAAUCUUAUUCCACCGAAAGAUCGUAAAAGAAUGACCAGUCUUUGGGAAAAGGCAGUCAAGUUUCUAGAUGAAAAUGAAUCCAGAAUUCGAAGAGAGGUACAGCAAGUGGCAGGAGAAGAGUUUCAUGUCUGGCGAUGGUUGCCGAAUAAUGCUUUGAAUAAAUCUCCCGCGCAAAACGCGGCCUUAGGUAAGAAGCCGAAGGUCUGGCAAGGACAAGCGUUCGAAACGAUGGAGGGGUCAGUUAAUAGCUUAACUUGUUCACCGACACCUUGCUUGAAAAUCAGGCACAUGUUUGAUCCAGAUAUUGAAACCGAAGACGAUUGGGAAACGAGAGUGCAGGAUGCUAUCUUAGAAAAGUGUGGGGAGGGUGUAAAGAUACUUCACAUUCGAGUAGACAUUGGUAGCCGUGAAGGUUGCGUUUAUAUGAAAUGUAUGUCGCAGGAAGAUGCUGGCAAAGCUUACAGAGCAUUACAUGGUUGUUGGUUUGAUGGUAAUUUAGUGACUGUGAAGUACCUGAGAUUAGAGCGUUAUCACGAACGAUUUCCGGAUGCCGCCCGCUGCGUGACGCCUCUCAAACCAAGUAACAAUCAACGAUUAUCCAUGCAAGCGCACUACUGGCAGAGUCCGGCGGAAGCAAAUUAAAAAAUUCAGCAAAAUAAAAACAUUUUUGUUCGGAUAUUCUGACGAGUGUGAGCUCUCAUGCUAAAAAUCACACACAAUUAUCCUGCUGAUCAGAAUUUGUGGAAUCUGUCUACUUUUUAUUUAUUCCGUAACAUACCUACGUGCUGUAUAGCACAAAUACAUGUUGUAGGAUUGAAGACAUUUCUAUUUUAUAAGAGCAUUUUCUUUUAAAUUUACUAACUUGUGUAUUAUAUUCUAUUUUGUAUCUUUUAUGAAACAAGACGGAAAACAUACGUGUUUUUAAUAGUUGAGUAAUAAUAAUUAUAAUAUUGACAACACAGCACACAGUUAACAUUAAUAUGUAAUUAAAUAUGCUUUUAAAGGGCUGUAAAAAAUUUUUCAUCUGAGUUUUAUAGUAUUUUCAAGUAGCAAUAUAUAUGCGUAAGCAUAACGUACAUCGCAUUCUCUAUAGGCCUAUCCAGAUUAAUUUAGCAUCUACUAUACGAAGCAUACAUGCAGAGAAAUCGAUUAGUCGUAUAUCUAAUAUGCGGAAUGCGGCAGAAUACAAUUUCCUAUACAUUUUCGCGUGAUCUCUGUGUGUACGUCGUUAUCAUUAAUGAAAAUAUUGAUUCAGUUAUUUAAGAUUGUAUUUUAACAAUCCUUUUUUUAUAAUCGCAUAAGAGUUAUUUUUUACAAUAUGUAUCAUAAAAAUGUACAGUAAAAGUAAGAUUAAAGGUAAGAUUAAAUCACUUUGUAAAAAUACAUUGAGUUAAAUAAUAGAAUGGAAACUGAA